AUGGCUGGAAAGGAAACGUUUUUGGUUACAUACGUAUAUGCACUGAAUGAUGAGAAUGGUAGGGUACCACUAUGGAAUGACUUAAAAGAAAUUGCAGCUAUGAUUAGUGGUCCUUGGCUUAUUCUAGGGGAUUUUAAUGAUAUAUUAAGUGCUGAGGAAAGAAUUGGUGGGAAAUAUAAACAAGUAAAUUCAGGUGCUUUCAAGGAGUGUGUGGAAAGUUGUGGGGUGGAAGAUGAGGGAUUGAAAGCAAUAUGGAAGGAAAGAGAUACAAGUACUCCAAUGUCUCAACUGGUGAAGAAAUUAAAAAGAGUCAAACAGCUGCUAAAGGAAAUGAACAAAUCUGAGAUAGGAGAUAUUCAAGCUGCAAAUGCUCUGUGUUAUCAAGCAAUGAUUGAUAGUCAAAUUGCAUUACAACAGAAGCCCUAUGAUAAGGAUCUGAUUACACAGGAAAAAGAAGUUAGAGCAAGAUAUAAUGCAACAAAUAAAAGGUACCUCUCAUUUCUGUAUCAGAAGGCAAAAGUGCAAUGGCUGAAGGAGGGGGAUGACAACACCAACUUUUUCCAUAAGAGCAUUAAGAUGAGAAGGGCAGAGAAUAGGAUUUAUGCAAUCCAAGACAUGGAUGGGGUUUGGGUUGAUAAACCAAACACAGUAGUCACAGUCUUUAUGCAAUUUUAUCAAAGGCUACUCGGAAGUAAAAUGGAGGACAGGAAGCCAGUACAGACACACUUAGUUAACAGAGGCCCAAGGGUAAUAAAUGCUCACUGUAAAAUUUUACUCUCAGAGUAUGAUAAUGACGAAGUAAAGGUAGCUAUGUUUGAGAUUCCUGGAUCUAAAGCCCCGGGUCCUGAUGGAUUUAGUAGUUUCUUUUUCCAGGAUAAUUGGGAGGUAGUUGGAAAUGAUGUAUGUGAGGCAGUGAGAUCUUUUUUACACUCAGGGAAACUGUUGAAAGAAAUUAAUUCAACAACUUUAACCCUGAUUCCUAAAGGCAAAUGCCCAGAAUCUGUGAAAGAUUACCGCCCCAUAGCCUGCUGUAAUGUGAUAUACAAAGUGGAAACUAAGAUGAUAUGCAAGAGACUUCGACAAGUGCUACCAGAUAUUAUUGCUCCGAACCAAAGUUGCUUUGUACAGGGGAGGACUCCAAGAUAUAGCCUCAUGUUUAAUGGGGUUUUACAUGGCUUUUUUGAAGCAAAAAGAGGGCUUAGGCAGAGGGAUCCUUUAUCUCCUCUACUGUUUGUAUUGGGGAUGGAAUAUUUAUCUAGAAUCAUGAUGAAAGUUGGCAUGAAAGAGGGAUUCAAAUUUUAUGACAGAUGUGAAUCACUUAAGCUUAAUCACCUCUGUUUUGCAGAUGAUGUAUUGCUUUUCUGUCAUGGCGAUUAUAAGUCAAUUCAUAUCAUGCUUCAGGGACUUAAGUUGUUCUCUCUUACUUUUGGACUGCAUCCGAAUGAAACCAAAACAAGUAUAUAUUACAGCAAUAUGGCAGAGGCAGAGAUAAAAAGGGUCACAGCAGCUUCAGGCUUUACUAGUAGCAAAGUUCCAUUUUGCUGUCUAGGGAUUCCUAUAUGUCCAACAAGAAUUUCAGCAGCUGAGUGUGAUAUUCUAGUGGAGAAAAUGGUUCAAAGGAUCAAAGCACAGGUACUAAUUCUACCUCAAAAAGUCUUACAACAAAUUGCAUCAAUCUGUAGGAAUUUUUUAUGGAAAGGAGGGGCUGAGUUUAGAAGUUCAGGACUAGUAUCAUGGGAAGACAUGUGUAAAGCUAAGAAAACAAGAGGAUUGGGUUUAAGAAAGAUAAAGGAAUGGAACAUAGCAGCAAUGGGGAAAUAUGUGUGGGCAGUGGCAAUAAAGAAAGACUCUUUGUGGGUAAAAUGGAUUCAUGCAGUAUACAUCAAGGACACAAAUUGGUGGAAUUAUAAAGCACCAAACACGAGCAGUUGGUAUUGGAAACAGCUAGUUAAAGUCAAGGAGAAAUUUAAGGACUUACAGAUGCUGAAGCUUUUCUCAAGAGGAGAGUAUAAGAUAAAUACCAAGCACUGGUUGCAACUGAAAGAGAGGCUUUUCAGAUUUAAUGUAGCACCAGAUGAAUAUUGCCUGUUGUGUGGAACAAAUAAGGAAAAUAGAGACCAUCUAUUCUUUGAAUGCCAUUUGUGUUUUCAAUCUCUGACCCAAAUCAAAGAUUGGUUGGGAUGGCGUACAGCAGCAAACACAAUCCAGAAACUACUGAGAUGGAUAGCUAAGGCAAGGAUGACAAGAUUCAGAAAGCAAGUGUAUUCAACUACUAUUGCAGCUCUGGUUUAUCAUCUAUGGUGGUGUAGAAAUGAGGCAUUGUGGAGUCACAAAGUAUAUAGAAUCUGA